AUGGCUAAAGAAGAAGGCCAAGUUCCCAUUAGCAUGGUGGAUAUUAAAAAUCUGACAGACAGCGAAUUGCAGGAACAGCUUAUGAACCAUGGAUAUAAUUCGGGGACAAUAAUACCCUCCACAAGACAGGUUUAUGAGGAUAAACUGCUAGAGUUGUUGACCACUUCAAGUCCAUCAAUGCAGCGUAAGGUUAAGAAGAAAACUAAAGAGCCACUUCAGUAUCUGGAAGGAGAGGAAAAGGAAGAGAAUGCUGAUGAUAUCGUUUUGGAAAAGAAUAUCAAAAUCUCAUCAAGAAAAACCAAACGACUCAAAAAAGAGAAGUCUUCAGUUCCAAAAUCAACAAAACGAAAGAAUUAUGAAAUAGAAGAGUAUAACAAUCUUGUACCUCUUCGUAAAAAGUUAUCUUCAGUUUAUUCUGUGGAUGGUGAUAUUGACAUCUAUUAUUCUGAUCCCAGCACUCACAGAGGAAUAAGGAUUACCAUAAGAAGACCAUUAAAAACCAAAAGAGAGGCUUCACGAACAAUGUUGGAAGAUGUGAAAAUUGUAGAAAAGAAAAUGGGCGUGAUUUCAGUUGCCUUUAUAAUUGCUGUAUUGCUCAUUUUCACCUUGAUACUUGUUGUCUACUUAACCAUGGAAAAGAAGGUAAUCACAGUUUAG